AUGCCACCCAGAUUCCUUCGAGGUAGAGGCAAAGGACCCGUGACAGGUCAUGAUCACGAAGCCGGGCCUUCGCACCGGCGAACCCCAUCCAUUACUAUGAGCACCAGCCCGCAAGAGCCCUGGAGACUCUAUGUCGAACCAGGAAGGCGAUCAGUAUCCCUUAGCUCCUCUCCUUCGUACCAACAUUCAUUUGGGCCCAAUUCUGAAAACGAGCCCAAUAACCAGCCUCCAGCUUUCAUACCUCUCCAAAGAUCCAAUUCUCACCAUUCUUUUGGCAGCCCAACACCCGUCUUCCAAAGCCGGUUUAACCCGGCUAACCUUUUGCCUGAACCCAUGGGUUUUAACCCACUCGGACCGGGAGACCACUUUCCAGAGGAGAACGACAUGGAUGAGGAUACUGACCCCGUGGAGCCAGCAUCAGGAACGCCGAACCAUCCUAUCGAGAUAUCAGAUGGGUCAUCAUUCCAUGGAUCGCCAUAUCGUGGUCCAGACAGCUACGAGGAAAGGUUCCGAAACAUUGACUGGUACUUCACACCAUCUGAACACUCGCAUCAUGAGCAGCAACAGGAUCCUUCAGUGGGUCAUCAAUUUGUGGCAGUCACGCCACCGCCGCCACCGCCAGUAGAGCCGCAGCAGCCGCCUCCGGAGCCACCAAGGCGAAGAAGGUCUAAUGCACGGAUGUCCGUGCGAGGUGGAGUUCGGAUUGCUACUCCCCAGCCAUCUAGUGGCAGCCAUUAUCCCCCACUUCAGGAGGAAGAAGACCCCUAUGAUGGUGGUCCGUCAAGCCCCAUACCAGAUGUCAACUCAGUACCUGUGGUACCACCUCUGGGUUUCGAUAACCCGAUUCCUGCAUAUGCUGGGUCAGCGGCGUACAACCCAUUUGAGCAGCCGGCACACACCCACUACAACUACAACUACGGUUAUGCAGAGGUAGAUCCAUACCUAGUAGCUCGGGAUUACAAUGCCCUUCAUCCUGAAGGACCAUAUGGAGGGCCAUGGACUACUGGUUACCCGACUUAUGGGUACCAGCAUCAGCCACCUCCUCCGCCGGUGUAUCAGCCGCCUCAGCCACCGAUUCAACAGGAAGUCCUUGAGAGGCUGAGCCAAGUUGAACAAGAAGUUCGUGAAGACCGCAAAGAGCGGCAAGGAUUUUUCAAGGGGCUGUCAGAUUUGCUUAAGGGGAAGUCGAAGAGGAGGGGUCAUUGA